AUGGCACAAGACAGCUCUUCAAACAGGCCCAUGCCAGGGAGCUGUAGGCGUGAUCGCACUAAGUUCACCAAAGAGCAGCUGAAAAUCCUCAUCGACACCUUUAACCAGAUGCCAUACCCAAAUUAUGCUACCAAACAGAAACUUGCCGUGGAAGUCAACACUGAUGAGUCGAGAAUCCAGGUUUGGUUUCAGAAUCGCAGAGCUAGACACAGAUUCCAGGAGAGACCAGAACUUAAGGAGGCUUUGGAAUCAAGCCAAGGCCCUGGGCGAGAUGGACUUCCAGAACAGAUGCGAAGUGAGGAGGCCCGACGGUGCCGCACCACCUACAGCCCCUCUCAGCUGCACACCCUCACCAGGGCCUUCAGGAACAACCCCUACCCCGGGAUCCAUUGCAGGGAACAGCUUGCGAAGGAAGUCGGAGUUCCUGAGUCGAGAGUCCAGAUUUGGUUUCAAAAUAGAAGAUCUAGAUUACGUGUACAGAAAAAAGAAGAACCCGAUGAAACCUUCGAACACGGCCAGGGGCGAGAUCUCUCACACGGAGUUCAAGGUCUGGGAAGCACCUCUGAACAUGGCACACCAGGAGCCCAGCCUUGCAGGAACCUUCCAGAUCUCCACCACAACGGCCAUGUUGACGCUGAGCAGCUUCCUUCACCCACUGAAGAGCGCUGUGCUGGUCCCGCAUGA